AUGUUAACGAAAAACCAUAAUGGAACCUCCAAAAAGUACAAUCAUGGAAACAUGUUACCAGUUAUACCAGUAACUGUAGCGCUGGACGUGGUGAGCGUCCCCCGCGGGGACGUGGUGAUGGUCCGCGAGGCCAAGCAGAGGCUGGACCUGUCCCGCUACUUGGAGAACCAGGUGUUUCGCUUUGACCGCGCCUUCGACGCCGCCGCCACCAACGAGCUGGUGUACAGACACACGGCCCAGCCGCUGGUGGAGACCGUCUUCCGCCGGGGCACGGCCACCUGCUUCGCCUACGGCCAGACGGGCAGCGGCAAGACGCACACCAUGGGGGGAGACCUCUCGGCUGCCAGCCAGGACUUCUCCAAGGGCCUCUACGCCCUGGCGGCCCGCGAUGUGUUCUGCCGGCUGCGCCGGCCCAGCUGCGAGAAGCUGGAGCUCCAGGUCUACGGGGCUUUCUUCGAGAUCUACGGGGGCAAGGUGUACGACCUGCUCAAUGGGAGGAACCGCCUCCGGGUGCUGGAGGACUCCAAGCAGCAGGUGCAGGUGGUGGGGUUGCAGGAGCAGGAGGUGGCGUCCGUGGAGGAUGUCAUCAAGCUCAUCGAAGUGGGCAACAGGGCCCGCACGUCGGGCCAGACCUCGGCCAACACGCGCUCCUCGCGGAGCCAUGCCGUCUUCCAGAUUAUCCUCCGGGCCAGAGGGAAUCUGCAUGGCAAAUUUUCCCUCAUUGAUUUGGCUGGGAACGAGAGAGGAGCGGACACGGGGAACUCGAACAAGCAGACCAGGCUGGAAGGGGCUGAGAUCAACAAGAGCCUCCUGGCGCUAAAGGAAUGCAUUAGGGCCCUCGGGCACAACAAAGCCCACACCCCGUUCCGGGCUAGUAAGCUCACGCAGGUGCUCAGGGACUCCUUUAUCGGGGAGAAUUCCUGUACCUGUAUGAUCGCUACCAUCUCUCCGGGGCUGAGAUCUUGCGAGCACACCCUCAAUACCCUAAGGUACGCCAACCGGGUGAAGGAACUGGCUGUGGAUAACUCUCUCAGACUGCUCCGCUCAAGCUUAGCCAAGUCCCCAUAUGAACUGGAUGACCUGAAGGAACCUUGGAUGAUACAGAGCUUGCCCGAGACAGACGAGUUCAAAGUGCUUUACGUGCAGAAAGAGGAGGAAGGCGCUCCCCACCUGUUUACUUUCGAUGCCAGAGGGAAAGCUCAGAAGAAAAGAAAAGACCUUGAUGAGAGGGCGCUUGUAGAAGAACACCAGGAGUCGCUGCGGUGGUUGAAGGUGUUCCUAGAAAUAGCCGAGGAAAUAGAUUACGACGUGGAUUUUUAUGCUGCCCAGUUCGAAGCCGUCCUGGGGCAAAAGAUCGGUAUUCUUACUGAGAUCCAAGAUAAAGUCAAAUCGUUCCGCGCGAUCCUCUCUCAGGAAGAGCUGGGUAAUAGUCAGGUCGGCACGAAGAGGUCUCGUGUUCUGUAAGCCCAGGUUGAAGGUCCCCCUUCCAUUAAGAGGACAAUUGUAAUGAUGCUGUGGCUCUGACCACGCAACAACACGAAUGCUUAAAAAAAUAACUUAA